AUGGGCUACAGGCAAUUCUCAUUUCUUCUCUUUCUCUGUUUUUGUCAGCUUUCUUUUUCUUCAUCCAUACCUCAUCCGUGCCGCAAAGAUGAAAGCAUUUCCCUUCUAAAAUUGAAGAAGACGUUUACUUAUCCCUCGUUUGACCAACAUUCUUUUUCAAUAUUGAGUUUAUGGAACAUAAGCAGAGAUUGUUGCUCAUGGGAUGGAGUCGUAUGCGAUGACAUCACUGGCCAUGUCAUUGAACUUGACCUCUGCCGCAGCGGACUUGUUGGGACCAUUGAUUCCAAUAGCAGCUUAUUCCAACUCUCUCAUCUCCAAAGGCUUGAUCUUUCUUCGAAUAACUUCUCCAAUUCUCAUAUCUCCCCUGAAUUCGGCAAGUUUUCGAGCUUGAAGCAUCUUGAUCUUUCUUACUCCUAUUUUUCAGGUCAAAUUCCUUCCGAAAUCUCUCAUCUUUCCAAGUUACACUCUCUUCGUCUCUCCACAUUUUUUUACAGUAAGAAGCUAAGACUCACAACCCAUGAUUUUAAAUCGCUUCUUCAGAACUUGACCCAAUUAAGAGAGCUUGAUCUUAGUGGCAUAAACAUCUCUUCCAUCAUUCCUCUGAUUUUUUCUUCUCAUUUAACAACUCUGAGCCUGUCAGAAACAGGAUUGUAUGGGAUAAUACCUGAGAGUAUUUUUCACCUGCCCAACUUGGAAACACUUGACUUAAGUUUCAAUUAUCAGCUGAGUGGUUAUUUUCCAAAGACCAAAUGGAACAGCAGUGCAUAUCUCAGUGUGUUACAUCUCAGCGGCGUGAAUUUUUCUGAUAAUUUGCAUGAGUCUCUUGGCUAUAUAACUUCACUGUAUUCUUUGUAUCUUACAGAUUGCAGCCUUAGAGGGUCUAUUCCUGAAUCUCUUUCGAAUCUCACCCGCAUAGAGGAUUUGUACCUUUCACGUAACUCCCUGAAUGGAACAAUACCAUCAGGGAUUUUCUCCCUUCCAUCACUAAAUACAAUAGACUUGAGUAAUAACCAUUUUUCUGGUCAGCUUGAGGAUUUCAAGUCCAAUUCACUAAAAGAGAUUCUUUUAGAUGACAAUCAGCUGCAGGGUCAUCUUCCCAACUCAAUUCAAAACCUUUGGCAAUGUGGAUAUCAGCUUAUUUUCAAACCUCAAACACCUUUUUCUUCUUAG